GGAAUGUUGGACAAGCACUUUGUUUAUCUGGAGAACCUGGCAGAUGAUCAGAAUCCAAACGUUGUAGUGGAGGUUUUCGAGCUCUAUUUCGCGGACUUUCCUGCCAUAUUGCAUAAAAUUGAGCAUGCAAUUGAUACUUCGGACUACGACUACGAGGACAUGGAUAGGUGCAUUAAUCGCCUAAGGAGCAGCACGGCCAGUGUCGGGGCUAUUGGGGUUUUAAGAGAAUUGAACAGGAUCGACAGUUUUUGGAAGGAUCAAGACCUGAGAGGUGCAAAAGAAGUGCUUCCAUUGCUGCUAAGGGAGUAUAAUGAAUUAAAGUCCAGACUUCAGAUGUAUUUUGAGGUGGGAUAUCUGGUGAGGGGAGGCGCGAGUAGUUCAGAGGCCAGGCCGGAGAGCCCGAGGGAGGAAACCAACCCAUCCAGCGCACCUGCGUCGCCUGGCUCAUCAACCAACUGA